UCACUUUUUGUCAUUUUCAAAUUUCCCGCCAGUUCCAUCCCCGUACAUCCCGACGCCCGCAGGGGACGGAACCCAGAAGACAGAUGCUGGCAUCCACCUGAGAACAUUACAGGGAACACUGCAGGAGGGACAUCGCGGGAGCACAGGACAAGGUAAGUGAAGAACACAUGCCGGAGCAGCGCCGCAUGGUAUUCCCGAGUGUAGCUCGGGGGUUACCGCUUUUGGUACUGAAAUGUUACCCCGAGCUACACUCGGGAAUACCGCCAGGGAGGUUAAAG